GCGCUGUGAUGACGUCAGGGCGGCGCCGGGCCGGCCCGGUGAAGAAGGCGCCGCCGCCGCUGAGCGCCGGGCAUGGCCCAGCUGGGCGCCAUCGCGGCGCUCUCCCUCAGCUUCCUCGCCGCCGCUUUCCUCUCGGCCAUUCACAAGAUCGAGGAGGGGCACAUCGGCGUCUAUUACCGCGGCGGGGCGUUGCUGACUUCCACCAGCGGGCCCGGCUUCCACCUCAUGCUGCCCUUCAUCACGUCCUACAAGUCAGUGCAGACCACGCUGCAGACAGAUGAGGUGAAAAAUGUUCCUUGUGGUACCAGUGGAGGAGUGAUGAUUUAUUUUGACAGGAUCGAGGUGGUGAAUUUCCUCAUCCAGAGUGCAGUAUAUGACAUAGUGAAGAACUACACUGCUGACUAUGACAAAGCUCUCAUCUUCAACAAGAUUCACCAUGAGCUGAACCAGUUCUGCAGUGUCCACACGCUGCAGGAGGUCUACAUUGAGCUGUUUGAUCAGAUUGAUGAAAACCUUAAACUGGCCUUGCAGCAGGACCUAACUACAAUGGCCCCUGGAUUAAUUAUACAGGCAGUUCGAGUUACAAAGCCAAACAUCCCUGAAACAAUCCGGAGGAAUUAUGAGCUCAUGGAGAGUGAGAAGACAAAGCUGCUGAUUGCAGCACAGAAGCAGAAGGUGGUGGAGAAGGAGGCGGAGACAGAAAGGAAGAAAGCCCUCAUCGAGGCAGAAAAAAUUGCACAAGUUGCUGAAAUAACUUACGGACAGAAAGUGAUGGAAAAGGAAACAGAGAAGCGAAUUUCAGAGAUUGAAGAUGCUGCAUUUCUUGCAAGAGAGAAGGCAAGAGCUGAUGCUGAAUGCUACACUGCUAUGAAAGUAGCUGAGGCUAACAAGCUGAAGUUAACUCCUGAAUACUUGCAGCUGAUGAAAUACAAGGCUAUCGCAGCAAACAGCAAGAUAUAUUUUGGCAAAGAUAUUCCCAACAUGUUCAUGGACUAUGCAGGCAGCCAGACCAAAUUUGCAGAGGGACUGGCAGAAGGAAUCCCAGAAGAGGAUGGGGCAGGAACCAGUGAGGACACAAAACUACUUCAUAAUGUCAACUGAAAAGAAAAAUUUCUAUUUGUUUUAUAUAUAUAUAAAAAAAAAAAAAAAAAAAAAAAAAAACACCACCUGGGAAGUUCCUUUCUGGUUUCCCCCUUUCCUGUACCAAAAAAGAUGAAUCAGACUUAAUCCUUUCAAUCUUUUGUAUGACAAUUAGACACAAAGACUUUGGUAUUUAUGAGGUGUGUUUUUUGUGGUAGCUUCUAAGCAGCCAGCUCCAGGUAUGUCCUCUAGAUGCACCUCUCCCUGCUCUCGUAAUAUAGACCAAAGUAUUCUGGAGAGGCUAGCUAGACUGCUUGUCUGCAGCCACCUUAGAUGGGUAAUUAAUUUUGGAUUGAGGUGGUUCAUAGCAGUUGGAAGUAAAGAAAUGUUGAGGUUUUGUAGGGAGGGGAAUUGCUGCUACAACUUGGUGGGUUUGUUUUGUUUUUUUUUUUUCUUCUUGGAAAUUUCGAGUACUUUAUUUUAAACCCCUUUUAAAAAAAGGUGCUAGACUUUCGUACACUAAGCAUGUCUGCUUGAAGGCCUGGGCCUUGUCCAAAUGGCAGGUUCGUGCCUGUCGUGUGGGGCACUGGCACGCUCUAACAGCCUCUGUCUAUGCUCCAGGUCUGUCCUGAGUGCAGGGUGCAGCAAAUGCACAAAACCACCUUUUACUGAGGUCUGAGCCAAUGUGUUUUGCCUUGGUAGGGCAGCUGAGACCACGUGCACAGUGAGUUACAGAAGUUCAGCUGAAAUCCCAGGGGUCACUUAGUUACCAUGAGGGGGUCUAAGCCUCAGACCAUGUGUUGUGCAGGUAGUGGCCCAAACUGUUCAUUUUCUGCAUCUUACCACUGGUUUGUUUUCCAUUUGUCAUACUUCAGGAGGACAAUCAGGAGUAGUCUUUAUUUUGAGGCUUUUUCCAGCAGUUUAGCUGCUCAGUGAGGGGUGUAGGCAUGCUGAUGGGGGCAGCAUCCUGCCAGUGGAUAAUUGGACUUGAUUUUCCGUGAAACCAGACUGCAAGCAUGGUACUUGUCACAGCCGACAUAGUUAGAAAAACUAGGGAGAAAAGAAUUUUUGUCUCAGGGACCCUGACUUUGCUUUUUGCAAACUCCUUGCUGGCGAGUAACUGCUUGAAUGACUAGUCCCAUGGUCAUUACAGGACGUUAUCUGCCUCUGCAAGACCAACUGUAUUUCAGUGUUUACAGUGUCUUAUUAGAAAGAGGACAUUCAGGUAAACUGAAAUGAAGGGAACCGAGUUACUGUUGGUUUGUUUUUUUUUUUUUUUUUCUGAAUAGACCUUGUGAAAGGCAGAUUGACUAGUAGCAAAGGACAUGAAACAUCAUACUGAAGUCACAGGACAAAGAAGAGAACCUAUUGUCUCCAAACUGUCCAAAGAUAAAUUUUCCUUUUUCACUCAGAACAAUGCUAUAUAAUGUACCUUUCACUUCAGAAAACUUCUUAAUUCUUCGCAUACCAGAUGCAAAGAGUUUUAAAAGUAAUAGGGUUUUAUUUUACACACAUGCAAAACUUGAGGGGGUGUUAAAGACAAAGAUUUGGGCCUCAAAUGUUUGUUGUUUUUUUUUUUUUUCCCUCUCCCUAAUCCAUCUGCCACUUGGCAGGAGAGCCUGUUUAUUAAUUGCUGUUAUAAUUUGCGGCCAACGUACUAAUAUGAGAUGAUGCAAGUUUAAGUGCUAACUUAGUUGUCAGAGACCAGCCUAUUGCAUUUACAGUCUUGUGCCCCAAACGCUUGCUACCUACUACACUUGGUUUCAUUCUUCAGUGUUUUAAACAUGCAUUAAUCUUUUUAAUAAGGCAAUCACACUAAAAUAGAAGUCUGAUUUAUUUCAGCUGCUGGUUCCAGUAUUUUUACUUCAGUUUUCUUUUCCCUGUUAAAGUGAUUAUUGAUUAUUUGAAAAUGCAAAAUAAGAGCUCUAUAAGCAUCAAUUUCUGCUGGAGGAGAGUCUCAUCUCCUAUGUGUCAUCUUUGCAUUUGUUGGAAAAUAUGAGCUAAGGGAAGUUCUGUCUCCAGACUGAUGUACUACAUUAGACAGCACAGCCCUUUAUAAAUAGGUGUCUGCAGGAGGAUUAUGAACAGGGAAUAGCAGAAACUUAGAAAUGAGGUAAUAGUACCUAAACCUUUGAGGAUGAUCUCAUUUGGGAUUGUUCCACAUUCUUGCUGGAGAUGUCCAUUAGUAACUCAAACCUACUUUUUACAUGAGUAUUUUUCACUAAAGAAAAGACACAAAUAAGCCAAAGUAGUAUUAUAAAGCAUGUUUUUGUAUGACUCCACAGUAAGACAAUACUUUGGAAUAAAUAGGUCUUAAUGAUUUUUUUUUUUUAAUUGAAAACAUUACUGCUGAGGUAUUCUUGUAAUUUAGUUAAAUUGUAAUAACAGUAAAAAAAGAAAAAACAAAGUUGACUUCAUACAGUCUUCACAAGCCACAAUCCAUUGUUGCAUUUUCAUUCAAGUUUCUACAUCAUUUGUGUAAUUUCCCUAAUAGAUGUCACUACAUAUAAAUCUUUAUUCUACCUAUCUGACACUUUGUCCUUAUAUCAAGAUUUCAGAUUAUGGAAAUGAUGAUCUGCAUUUUCAAACCACUCUGUAUAACAAAGAAAAUACAGGUUUGUGGCACUGCUGAUACCUGAGAGUUGCUGGCGGGAGCAUGGUAAUGCUUUACCAGUACAGUCUUUGAUCUUAUGUAUGAAAUUAAAAGCCUUUUUAUUUUGGUAUUUGCUAUGACAAUAAAAUGGCCUUCAAUUUUAA